UAUAGUACAUCUACCAUUACCCAAAACCUAAAACCCUAAACCCUUUGCCGUCAGUCAAUUUUCCGGCUGCCCAAUUUUUCCAACUAAUAUAUAUUUUUCCCUUUAUAAGUCUUUAUAUAUUUGCUGUUUACAAAGCUUUGGAAAUAUAUAUUUUUAAGUGCAAAUAUGGUGGUGAAGGUGGAGAAAAUAACUCCAAAGAAAAGUAAUCCUACUACAGAUGAGGUCAUUUCUGAAGAGAUGGAUAUGACACAAAAGAAAUAUCUUAGAGGUGAAGGAACAGAUUUGAAGGCAUUGAAAGAUAAAAAAUUACAGGGUCAGCUUGCUGUGAAAGAAGAUUUGUAUGGAAAAUCUGCAGCAGCUGCCGCGAAGGCUGAGAAGUGGCUUAUGCCAAGUGAGGGUGGUUAUCUAGAGGGUGACGGUAUUGAGAAGACGUGGAGAAUAAAGCAGGAUGCAAUUGCCAAUGAAGUUGACAUUUUGAGCUCUAGGAAACAAUUUGAUAUCGUCUUACCAGAUUUUGGUCCUUACACUCUUGAAUUCACACCUAGUGGUCGCUACAUGGCUGCAGCUGGACGAAAGGGUCACAUUGCUAUUGUAGAUAUGAAAAACAUGAAUGCCAUUAAAGAACUACAGGUCAGGGAAACAGUGCGUGAUGUAGUCUUCUUGCAUAAUGAACAGUUUUUCGCUGCUGCUCAAAAGAAGUACCCGUAUAUAUACAAUAGAGAUGGCACGGAGCUCCACUGCCUGAAGGAACACGGUGCUGUGCUAAAGCUUCAGUUUUUAAGGAAUCACUUCCUUUUGGCUACUAUAAAUAAAUUUGGUCAGCUGCGUUAUCAGGAUGUUACCACUGGACAGAUGGUAUCUAAUCUUCGAACUGGCUUGGGUCGUACUGAUGUCAUGCAAGUGAAUCCCUUCAACGGUGUGGUUGCUGUUGGCCAUUCUGGUGGGACCGUCAGCAUGUGGAAGCCUACAAGUGCCGCUCCCCUAGUGAAGAUGCUCUGUCAUCCUGGACCCGUCACAGCUCUAGCAUUCCACCCUAACGGCCAUCUAAUGGCAACUGCCGGUAUGGAGAGGAAAAUAAAGAUUUGGGAUUUGAGAAAAUUUGAGGUUCUACAAACAUUACCGGGUCAUUGCAAGGCCUUGGAUUUUAGUCAAAAAGGUUUACUUGCUACUGCAACCGGAUCCUUUGUACAAGUUUUCGGAGAUCUUUGUGGAUCUCAGAAUUAUAGCCGUUAUAUGACCCAUUCUGUUGCGAAAGGAUACCAAGUAAAGAAGGUGGCGUUUAGACCAUACGAAGAUGUUCUAGGCAUAGGACAUUCGAUGGGUUGGUCUUCUAUCUUAAUUCCAGGAUCCGGAGAACCCAACUUUGAUUCUUGGGUGGCAAAUCCGUUCGAAACAUCUAAACAAAGAAGAGAGAAGGAAGUCCGCUCUCUUCUUGAUAAACUUCCUCCGGAGACUAUCAUGUUGGAUCCGACAAAGAUUGGUUCGGUGAGACCAGCAUGGAAGAAGGAAAAGCCAACAAAGGAGGAAAGAGAAGCAGAAAUGGAAGCUGCUAUUGAGGAAGCUAAAAAUAUUCCUAUGAAGAAGAAAACAAAAGGUAGAAGCAAGCCGAGUAAGAUCGCAAAGAAGAAGCAAGAAGCUGUUGAAAAAGCUAAGAAACCUUUCUUGGAGCAACACAUGAAUAAGAGGAAACUCACUGAGGAAACUCAGCUUCCGAAAUCUUUAGAGCGUUUCGUUAGGAAGAAGGCAGUUGCAUGAUUAGUUAUGUCCGCUGGACUUAUCUUUCUUACCCUUGAGGGAACUUUGCUUAUAGGAAUUGAAGAGGCAAAUGUUGUAAUUCUUCAGAUUAAGUUAUCUCCUUUUCUAACUGUUUACAUUGUUUUUUUACUGUUGAGGUUCAAAGUCUAGGCAUUCUUGUUUUAACAUGGAGGUUUCCAGCUUGAAGUACAGGCCAAUGUAAAAUCUACAUACUAGGGAGUGUAUGAAUCAUUUUAUUCAUAGCCUUGAUUACUUCCUGCUUCCUUGUCA